CUCCAGCAAUCACCAAAGGACGUUCUCCUCCACAGCACCUGCACAGCGUAUCAACGCACGCCCAGCCUCCGUCUAGCCGAUACUGAUUCCGCGGCGUAAAGACCUCAAUACGUACCAAACUUGCUCGCCCUCCGGUACUGCCUCCACAACAUGUCAACCCAGGACAAAGUCACGUACCUCCGCAAGGAGAACGCCCGUCUCACAUGCGAGGUCUCUAGGUGGCACAAGAAGUCCACCAAGGUCAGGAACCAGAUGAGGAAGCUCCUCGGAAUUCGAUCGAGCGCCGACGCUAGCGCCGACGAGAAGCUCCGCGAGGAGAACAAGAUUUUGAGCCAGCAGCUGAGCGAGUCCAUGCGGGAGAUUCAGGAGCUUAGCAAGCGCAUCGACAAGAACUGCAAGGACUGAGAGGAGCUGUUGAGGAGCGGGAUUACUAUGGCGUAAGGCCUGCGGAUCCAGUGAUUAUGUUGGGGUCCG